GAUGCGCGCGGCUGGCAAGGUGAGAUAGAUUCGGAUUUUUUUAUUCGGCGAGUUGAGCUCUCUGAGCUCACCGUGCCCACCGAGAGAGGCGCGCGGAGCCGCACGCGCAAACCAUGAUCAUCAUCAGAGCCGCCGCCGCCGCCUCACGCGCCGCUCUCUCGCGCCCUUCUCCUCGUCUGAUGCCCGAGCCCCUCAUCCGGCUUCCAAAAAUAAGCUCCUGCCUCCACCACCAUGCCGAAGAACGAAAAACAAGAAGAGGGGUAUUUUUAGGGCCAUCGAUUCGGACCACGUGUCCCGGAGGCGCACCGCAUGGCCAUUGCGCACAGACUCCGCACCAGUAUGUCCCGCGAGGGCAGCGCGCGAUGGACGUCCACCGCGGUCCUUCUCUGCGGGUUCCUCGUGGGGGUGGUGUCAUCACAUCCGAUCCCGAGCAGGACUAACGCGAGCGCGCUGGAGGACGCGUGGGAGAGGCUCUUCUCCCGCUCUGUGCUCGGGCUCUCCGGGGACCGAUCGGAGCUCAGCUGGGAGACUGACUAUCUGCUGGGCAUCAAGAGGGUGCGGAGGCUCUACUGCAACGUGGGCAUCGGGUUCCACCUCCAGGUCCUGCCGGACGGCGCGAUAGGCGGUGUUCACGAGGAGAGCCAGUACAGUCUAAUAGAAAUCUCCACGGUGGAGCGGGGGGUUGUCAGUUUGUACGGGCUGAACAGUGGCCUGUUUGUCGCAAUGAACGGCAGAGGACGGCUGUACGGAACGGCAGUCUUUCAGGACGAGUGCAAGUUCAAGGAGACCCUGCUCCCGAACAACUACAACGCCUACGAGUCUUCCGUCUACAAGGGCUUCUACAUCGCCCUCAGCAAGCACGGUCGCGUGAAGAGAGGCAACAAGGCCACCACCGCCAUGACGGUCACACACUUCCUCCCGCGACUAUGAGCCGACACGCGCUGUAACUCACCAAUUUGCACAUGUGGACGUUUUUGCCAGCCUGUGCCCAUAUAUAUAUAUGUCGAUAUAUAUGCGCACAUGCAUAGAAACACAAAUAGAUACUGACUGAAAAACAACACUAUAACUAAUGGUAUUUAUUCUGUCUUUAUAUAUAUGUAUAUUUGGGUAGUUGACUUUGUAUUAGGACUUAUGUGUACGCCACACUUUGCUGCUUAUGAUUUCCGUUAUCAUCAUAUAACGUGCGAGAGACUUGUGGCCUCUCCUCUUCGUAUGGGUGCUUUGCCAUAAACGGUAAAGACUUCGCCCUCUCACUGCUAUGGCUAACAUCCUUAGCUUUUAACGGGGAAAGUGAUACUUUUUAUUACCUCAAGUGGCCACCUGCUGAAUGGAUGCAUGACAUUACGCUCAGUAGAAUGUCCACCCCCCGACCCCAAUACCCCCCUUCCGUAACCUCCUCCCCCUAAGCCUGGACUCCUCCUUCCCCCAUCAGCGUUUUCCCCGCUGAAUGAGAGCUUUCGAAUGCGCUCCCCUUGUCACGUGAUGAGACGGUGCCUUAGACUUGUGGCUCCCUUUACGGUAACAAACGCACCCCCAGUACCCCCCACCACCACCACCACCCCCAAAGUCAGAAAUAGGGCUGAAACGCGAGGAGGCUCCACUCCACUUUUCAGAGCGAUGCGAAAGUAGCUGCUGAUGGUAGGACCAGCUGAUCACCUUGGCUGUUCUAGCUUCUCAUCUCAGAGUCAGGUGGUAGGAAUUCUGCAUUUACCGCACUAAUUUGUUGUAAGAUCCCGAGCACUGACCGAUGGUCAGUAGGACACGGAGGUCCCUGCGCUUCCUCUGGGAAGCUGCACCUUUACCUCCAAACUAGAUACUGCUCUGCACAGUUUAUAAGCUCUCCAACUUAUUCUACAGCG